AUGGCAAGAGGCGCCGCAUCGUCACCCGCCGCUGCAACAACGCCCGGUUUGAAACGAUCGACUUCCAGCACGCAGAAUAUGAAAAACCAGCGAUCCAUCUUGGGAUUCUUCCAAAAGUCUUCCCCGUCGACUCCUUCUACCGCUCAGCGUAAACCCGCAGCAGCGGAACCUGCAUCGUCGCCAGCACAACGCGCCGCCGACGCCAAAUCAGCUGUCAAGAGUAGCAACAAUAAAAAGGCUUUGCAGAGAUUGACACCGGCCCCUAGUAGCGACGCAAUUGAGCCCGAUGAGGAAACUCCUACUGUCAAAAAGAUCGGUAAUAAUGAAGACGACAACCAAUCCUCCUCCACUCCCACGAGACGGGCCAAGAAAAAGGUCAACUAUUUAGAGUCUGAUAGUGAAGGAGAGGAUGACGACGAUGAAAUUUUCCGGCCUCAGCCGUCGCGGAAGAGACGUCGACCAGCUGUCGAAAGCGAAGACGAGUUUGAGGUUGAUGGGGCAGAUGCCCACGUUUCAGAAGAUGAAAUGGACGAUUUUAUCGUUGCCGAUGACUCGGAAGAAGAUGCUCGACCGUCCAAGAAGAGAAAGAAGGUUUCCACUCGACCUGCCCAACGUAAUAACAACCCCUCCUUUGAUGAGCCUAAGGAACCGGCGGAUGAAGACCUUGAUUUGGAAAUUCCAGAUGCAACAGCUGGAGGAACAGCACAGAAAUGGACGUACGACCCAGAUAAUAAGGAACCCCGAAAGGAGCGCGAACAGGUGCUUUCUUCAGCUCCUGUUACAAAGCGCAAAGAAAAGGUUCAUGAAACUGAACCGGAAAAGAGAUACCCAUGGCUGGCCAACAUCAUGGACAUGGACAGAAACCCUCCUGGUCAUCCGGAUUACGACCCACGUAACAUUUAUAUCCCACCCCUAGCGUGGACAAAAUUCUCACCCUUCGAGAAACAGUACUGGGAAAUCAAACAGAAAUUCUGGGAUACCAUUGUGUUUUUCAAAAAGGGCAAGUUUUACGAGCUCUACGAGAAUGAUGCAACAAUCGGUCACCAACUGUUCGAUUUGAAGCUGACUGAUAGAGUUAAUAUGCGCAUGGUUGGCGUACCUGAAAUGAGUCUUGAUCACUGGGCCAAUCAGUUUGUCGCCAAAGGCUAUAAAAUCGCCCGAGUUGAUCAAUCAGAGUCUGCAUUGGGGAAGGAAAUGCGAGAGCGUGACGACAAGAAAGCCGCCAAGGGCGGCAAGGAAGACAAAAUUAUCAAGCGAGAAUUAUCCUGUGUUCUUACAGCUGGAACAUUGGUGGAGGGCUCUAUGCUUCAGGAUGACAUGUCAACGUACUGUGUUGCGAUCAAAGAAGUCAUCCUGGACGGACUCCCAGCAUUUGGCAUUGCGUUUGUUGAUACUGCUACGGGCCAGUUUUACUUGUCUGAAUUCAAAGACGAUGCAGACAUGACCAAGUUUGAAACAUUCGUUGCCCAAACACGGCCCCAGGAACUGCUAUUGGAGAAAUCUACAGUCAGCCACAAAGCAAUGCGUAUACUUAAAAAUAAUACAGGACCAACAACACUUUGGAACCAUCUUAAACCGGGGAAGGAAUUCUGGGAAGCGGACAUCGCAGUGAGAGAGCUAGAUUCCUCCGAAUACUUUGUUUCCAAAGAUCAAGACAACAUUGAAGCCUGGCCUGAGGUUCUGCGUGACGCUCGUGAGAAAGAGUAUGCCAUGUCAGCGUUUGGUGCAUUAGUACAAUAUCUCAGAGUCCUCAAGCUUGACCGUGAUCUCAUUUCCAUUGGCAACUUCACCUGGUACGAUCCGAUCCGCAAGGCCACAAGCUUGGUUCUUGACGGUCAAACUCUGAUAAACCUCGAGAUCUUUGCCAAUUCGUUUGAUGGCGGACUUGAAGGGACCCUAUUUCAGCUACUCAAUCGUUGUAUCACGCCAUUCGGCAAGCGUAUGUUCAAGCAAUGGGUGUGCCACCCAUUGAUGGAUAUCGAUAAAAUAAAUGCCCGAUUGGAUGCUGUUGAUGCGUUGAAUGCUGAUUCAACCAUUCGUGAUCAAUUCUCGUCUCAGUUAACCAAAAUGCCCGAUCUGGAACGGCUGAUAUCUCGCAUUCAUGCCGGAGCCUGCAAAGCACAAGAUUUCCUGCGAGUUUUAGAGGGAUUCGAGCAAAUCGAAUAUACAAUGAGUUUGCUCAAAGAUCUCGGAUCUGGUGAGGGUCUGAUAGGCAAACUUGUCACCUCCAUGCCUGACUUGGUAUCGCCUCUUGAAUACUGGAAGACUGCCUUUGAUCGACUCAAAGCUAAAGAGAAUGGCAUUCUUGUUCCUGAGCAGGGAAUCGAGGAAGACUUUGAUGCUUCUCAAGAAAUCAUUGAUCAGCUACACCGUGAUUUGGAAAAUAUUCUCAAAAAGGCGCGCCGUGAUCUCGGGUCCACCGCAAUCUGUUACAGAGACAAUGGUAAAGAGAUCUACCAACUCGAAGUUCCUAUCAAAGUCAAGAACAUCCCGAAGAACUGGGAUCAGAUGUCAGCAACUAAGCAAGUGAAGCGUUAUUACUUCCCGGAAUUGCGAGCAGUAAUCCGGAAGCUUCAGGAGGCACAAGAAACUCAUAGUCAGAUCGUGAAGGAAGUCGCAGGUCGAUUUUAUGCACGUUUUGAUGAGGAAUAUGACACCUGGCUGAAAUCUAUCCGGAUAGUUUCACAGCUAGACUGUCUGAUUAGCUUGGCUAAAGCUUCCUCGUCUCUUGGACAGCCCAGCUGCAGACCAGAGUUUGUCGACAACGAUCGAAGUGUGCUCGAAUUCGAAGAACUCCGCCAUCCUUGUAUGUUGCAAAAUGUGACAGACUUUAUCCCCAACGAUGUGCAGCUUGGAGGCAACGCUGCAAGUAUAAACCUCUUGACUGGCGCAAAUGCAGCUGGUAAAUCCACGAUUCUUCGCAUGACUUGUGUUGCCGUUAUAAUGGCUCAAAUUGGAUGCUACCUUCCUUGCCAGAGCGCUCGGCUAAGCCCUGUUGACCGCAUCAUGUCUCGACUCGGUGCAAACGAUAACAUUUUCGCAGCUCAAUCGACCUUCUUCGUGGAGCUGUCAGAAACGAAGAAGAUUUUAUCAGAGGCAACGCCUCGGUCCCUAGUGAUCCUAGAUGAACUAGGUCGUGGCACUAGCUCGUACGACGGUGUAGCCGUAGCACAGGCCGUAUUACAUCACAUCGCGACACAUGUCGGAGCGUUAGGGUUCUUCGCUACCCACUAUCACUCCCUCGCCGCAGAGUUCGAGGGCCAUCCCGAAAUCGCCCCGAAACGGAUGCGUAUCCACGUCGACGACGAAGAACGACGAGUCACUUUUCUCUACAAACUGGAAGAUGGCGUCGCCGAAGGCAGUUUCGGUAUGCAUUGUGCUGCUAUGUGCGGCAUUCCCAACAAAGUAAUCGAGAACGCCGAGGCUGCUGCCAAGCAGUGGGAGCAUACCAGUCGUUUGACCGAGAGUCUGGAGCGUCGUAAAGGCGGUGGUCUCGUCGGUCUAGGCUGGUGGAGUGAUGUGGCCUGGUUGCUUCGUGACGAUAAUAGGACGGAGGGCGAGGCAUUUGAUCGAGGGCUGGAGAUUCUCAGAAAGGCUAUUGAGACGUUGUAA